AUGAUGCAGAAGCCUCCCCCGCCGCCCCCGCCCCGCGUCCACGCCGACACCGCCAACCUCUCACCCCAUCGCGAGGCGCCCCCGCCGUAUGCGGAAGCCGACGGUCACGCCUCGGGCAUGCAUCCGUUGCACACGCUGGCGACGGGCGACCCGCGCUCGUCGUCGACCCAGUCGCUCGUGCCCGCUGCUGGCCAAUUCCGGGAUGGCCGCCGCAAGUUGCUGCUCGUCUAUAUCCAUGGCUUCAUGGGCGACGAGACCAGCUUCCAGAGCUUCCCCGCACACGUCCAUAACUUGGUCACUGUGACGUUGAGAGAAUCGCAUGUGGUCCAUACCAAGAUCUACCCCAAGUAUCGCGCCAGGAAUACCAUAGAGUACGCAACAGAGCAGUUCAGCAGAUGGCUCACCCCUCACGCCGACCCCGAUACGGACAUCAUCCUGCUUGGGCACUCGAUGGGCGGCCUUGUGUCCGCCGAGGUGGUGUUGCUACCGCCUCACGGCCCAGCCGCCUUCAUGGGCCAAGCUUUCCGGCACCGCAUCCUUGGUAUCAUAAACUUUGAUGUGCCUUUUCUGGGGAUGCAUCCUGGCAUCAUCUCAGCCGGUUUGAGCAGCAUCUUCCGUCCUGCCGAAGACAAGUCUCCGGAGCAUAACUCGCAACCCACGGGGCAAGCCACGCAGUCCUACCAUAACCACCCUUCUGCACACAGUAGCGUGAGCACCCUCGAUCUAGGCCCACCCCUGCGGAACGAAACCCUCUUCAAUGCUAACCCCAAUGAUCCGAACUACAAUCCCCGGUUUGACAACGAUGUCAUCCUCCCGGUGCGGAAAGGCUGGGAGAACGCCUUGCAUUUCAUCACAAAACACUCAGAUGGUCUCGUGCAAGCAGGAAGGCAAUACGUCAAAUCCCAUCUCGAGUUCGGUGGUACCAUGGCAGACUACCCUGGCUUGAACAAAAGAUACAAGCGUGUUCGUGCUCUGGAAGAGGAGGAUGAGGCGAAGCGGAGAGUAGCUGUUGCGUCCGUGGGACACAAUCCUCCCGAGGUCCCACGUGUGCGUUUCGUAAACUUCUAUACUGCUAGCACCGGUCGUCCCAAGAAGCCAAAAACACCCCAAGCUGGCGUUGAGUCCACCGACUUCGGGAUGUCCGAUCUUAGCCUCGCUUCGUCGGGCCAAGAUCAGCGGCGGAGCCCCAGUCAUUCCCAGUCUGUAAGCCCACGGAUCUCAGUUGAAGAGCCCGAAGACGAUGCCCAAUUAUCGCCAAAGGAUGAAGUGCUCCGGGAACUCUCACCGGCCCCUCUCAGUGACCACGACUUGACUCCGACUCAUUCUCUCGGUCAACAAUCCUCAUUUGCCGCAAGCUUGUCUCACUUAGACUUGGAAAUACCAGAACCCCCAAUCGAACCUCCACUUCCAGACCUAGAAGCUUGCCCAGGAGCAGAAUCUCGCAAGACCGCUACCAAGGAAUAUGAGCAGGCCCUCAAAGACUACAAGCGUGCUGUGAAGGACCGCAAUGCCUUGAUUAAGCAAAAAGCGAAGGCUGAAGAAAAGCUAGCAAAGGAAUCCAGGAAGGAGGAGAAAAAAGCCCAGAAAGCCAGGAAGGAGGAGGAGGAGAAAGUGCAGAAAGCAAAGAAGGAGGAGGAGAAAUCCCAGAAGGCCAAAUCCAAAGAAGAAAAGGAGCAAGCCAAACAGGAACAACCGGAGAGCCAAAAGUCAGGCGAAGAGCUCCGGCUCGAAAAGGAGAGGCUGCGCGUAGAAGCCGAAAGCCAGCGUAUGGCGGAGGCGGAGCGUGAGCGCAUGCGGGUACAACGAAGAAUGCUUGGUUUACCGCCUGAGGACGAAAACUCAGAGGCUGUCCAGCAAGAGCAAGAAGAGGUUGUGCAUCAGGAGCAACAAGAAGCGGCCGUUCAGCAGGAGGAACAAAGGGAAGUUAUUCAGCAGGACGAGCCAGUGAAGAUUGUCUAUGAGGAGCAGCAAGUAGAACCGUCUGGACAUGGAAGAUCAACUUCUUUGACGCCUUCGCUGUCGCACCCGGAGAGCUCAUCGCCCUCGGCUUCCCUCUCAACUCCUCGCACACAGUCGUCGCAGACUACCUCGCGGUCAGCCCCGCCUGCUUCAGGAAAGAAGAGGGACCGCAAGUUCUGUGUCACGCCCUCAAAAGACCCGCGCACCGGACAGCGUGAUCCAGCCUGGAUCCGUGUCUUUAUGGAUGGCUAUGACGAAGUAAGCGCUCAUUGUGGUCUGUUCUUCAUGGGCGAGACGUACGAACGUCUUGUCGGCGAGGUGGCUGAAAAGAUCGAACACUGGGUCUUAGAUGAUCUGAGCGAGCGAGCGGUAAGGGAAUUAGAGAGCCAGAUCAUCUGA